UUCGCGCUAUGCCGGAAAAAUAAAUCGCGACCCGUAGGACAACAAUACAGUGGUGAUGGGGGACGGCAGCUUGGUUGUGCGGCUUUAGCGAUCCGUGAAUCGCUAACGAAACCCUCAUCGUAGAUGAUUUCCGCACAGUUUUUAUUAGUCUUUCUUCUCGUAGCUGCUAAAGUUCCUCACCUCUCAGACGUUGCUUUCCGCCGUACGUUGCCGAACAGAGCGUCGAAAUACCAACUGUAAGCCUUGUGACAUGCUUUUCUCCUCAGUUGGAGCAGUCACGGCGUACAGACCAAGUUCUCCAAAUAAAUCGGGUCUCAUCUAGUGAUAUGUGAGCAGGUGACGCCGAGAAACAACUAGUGCUUCAUGGUUUUCAUUCCCCAGGAGUCCUUAUCAAGACAGAUGGAAAGGCGGAUACGAUUAAAAACGCUCAACAAUCACAUCACUUGCAAGAUAUGCAAGGGGUAUUUAAUCGAUGCUACUACAGUCACAGAAUGUCUGCACACAUUUUGUAAAAGCUGCCUGGUCAAACAUUUGGAGGACAACAACACAUGCCCGACCUGUGAAAUUGUCAUUCAUCAGAGCUAUCCCCUGCAAUACAUCAGCUACGACAGGACUAUGCAGGACAUUGUGUACAAGCUGGUGCCAAAUCUUCAGUACAAUGAAAUGAAGAGAGAGCGAGAUUUCUAUCGGCGCAAAGGUCUACCGUGUCCCAAGGUCCACAAUCCUGGGCUGCUCAAUGAAAAGGAUGCAGGCUCGAAGGCAUCAUCCUCAAAGGAAGACGAGGCGGAUUGCCACAGAUCGGAUGAGCAGGUCAACUUACUGCUGGAAUCGGAUAGUGUUCAGCUGAAGCAAAUGCGGCGCAAGUUCAUUCGAUGCUCUUCUCAGGCCACCAUCACUCAUUUGAAAAAGUUUAUUGCAAAGAAACUGUUCAACAACAUUGACAGAUACAAAGAGAUUGAGAUCCUAUGUAACCAGGAGAUACUAGGCAAGGACCACACAUUGAAGUUUGUCUAUGUCACACGAUGGAGGUUUAAGGAGCCUCCACUGAAGCUGUACUACAGGCCUAAGGUGGAGUUGUGACAGCAAGAACUGCGAUGCAAGUCUAAGGUCUUAGUAGGUGCCACUGGACUAUGAGCUUGGGGAGAAACAAAAUGGAAGCUCUGGUUGCAAAGUCUGAUGUCACUAAUUAGUGCCGGGAAGCUCUGGUUGCAAAGUCUGAUGUCACUAGUUAGUGCCAGGAAGCUCUGGUUGCAAAGUCUUGAUGUCACUAAUUAGUGCCGAGUUGGUAUUAAAGUUGGAAUUUGGCACCUACUGACUGUAGGCUGCUUUACAGGUCAAAGCCUUUUCACAGUUUGCCGGGGCUGGUCUUGGCAAGUAGUCCGAGCUGUAUUAAUGAAGCCUCCCAUUGUACAUAAGUCAUGAUCAUGCCUGUAAAUACUGUAUUAUCCCACCGAUGCUGGCCAUGAAAUUCUGCAUAUGUUCAGGUUGCUUGUUCUAGAGAUGAAAUUACUAGGCUCUAAUGACGUUUCUAGAAGCAAACAGGGUGAAAGCGUGCUGUAUCAGCUCAUGUAACUUAAAGAAAAGUGGCCCUUACAUACCUGCCAGCUCUUCCGAUUUUUCUGUAAAAUGUGCAAAUUUCGACCGACGUUACGAUUUUACCUAGACUAACUACGGUGCAUUGCCGUAGGUAGUCGUUUAGGACCCCACCCUCUUGUUUUUCGCGAUGUUUUUUUUUUCUUUUCUUUUAGUGCCGAAAAUGGGGAAAAAUAAUUCGGCGCGUCGAUUUGAUUUAUGGCAGAUAAACAUGAAUAUGCUUCUUGCUAAAGCAAAAUCCAUCCCAGCUAUAAAUUUAAAAAAGUCUGUAUCCCGCUCCGCCCCCUUCCCCGCUUGAGGGUUUUACUAAUUUCUCUGUUGCCAGGUUGACAGGUAUGCUCUUAUUUCAAUUGGACCGUAAGUACUGCUUUGCCUGCUGCACUUUAUUCACUGUAGCAGGCAGCAGAUUACCUGCAAAAGAAGGAAGUGACCAGCCAUCUCGGUUUAUUCAGGCCUCUGCACUUGCUGCAGAUUAUAUACAAGCUAGAGCAUGUGGGCCCCCUAUGCACUCAUUUGUGCUCUUUAGUGGAGGAGACUUGCUAAGCCACUGUUCUAAUCACUUGUGAUGUAGCCGCAAAUUGGUUCGCACAAUUUACAAGCAUUGUUCGCACAAUUGUUGAGAUGAGGUUAUUUUUGUUUUCGUAUCUUUUGGUGUCUUUUGUUUUGGUGUCAUUGCUAAAUGAUGGAGAGCCACCUUUCACAGCCAAUCGAGACCCUGUGAAUGUUGGCUCAGCAUUUCCAUUCCAGCAGCUCUUCUCCUAACCUAAGGUGUGCUCAUCGUAUGUCUUAGGUGAGCACACCCUGGAUAUGAUAGGUGCUUGGUUUUUCACAUCUCCAAUUAACAGAUGACCACAGCCACCCUUUUCAUUCUGUACUGAAGGUUUCAUGUUCAGUGGUCAGUUUCAAAGCUGGGUCCUCUUGCACAGCAGUAUAGUGUUCUGCCCACCAAACUACUGAUGCAUGACUUGACAGAACUACAAUCUUACCCAUGUGCCAUUUUCUCCCAAUAUAUCCUCAUAGAGGCUGUUGCUUUCACUUGCUGUGUAAAAUUGUAAUGCCUUUCAGAUCGGUCUACUUUAGCCCAGAGGGAUACCAUCAGCUUGUGUGUUUUUAUGCCCAUGGUGAUGAGCUGUGCUCUGUGCUCCAAGUGGUACAGGUGUUCCUUCAAUCGCAGCCUCUCUGCUGUGCUUAAAACUUUCCCACUUAAUAAUAAUGAACCAUUUGUAGAUCAGUGUUUCAGUGAUAUCAGGAAUUAUUUCUCUUCAUUGCUCCUAUAUUUUGUUUUAAAAAAGGGCUUUAUGGCAUAGUAAACAAAUCAAAAAGGUUUCAAAUGUGAACGGUGACCCCUCAGCUUGGAAAAAAUCUAGUCAUCUCAUGUAAGUGUAGGUACGUUUCUUCCACUUUUUGAAGCCGUCUUACAGGCAACUAUGGAGGCCAUGCAAUUUGAGCACCGGCUCAUGGCUCUGUCAAGAGGCUUGUCAGCUCUACAAUAGGUGUUGUGAAUCAGCGUCUUUUGCCUAGGUUGUACACUUGGGGAUAUAGUGUUGUCCUUCGCAGAUUUUUGAUGUGAGGUCAACGAAGAAGUGAGGGCCAUGUCACCCAAUAUCCUUUUUGGGGAAACUUUUUACACAGCAAACAACGUAAUUAGUUCAGCGAUGUGCAAGUGUAGGGCAUUUUUUUUUCUUGGGAAGAUGUGUUAUUCUUUACACUGGAGGUUUUAUUAGCUAACUAUUCAACUGACAUGAUGCUGUGGAAGCUCGUGUUGCAGUCGUAAAACUGGUCACUAAGAAAUUAUGUAUCAGUCUGCUACUGAUUACUUUAGUGAGUCCCAGCUGUGGAAGGGAAGUACAUGCUAACCAAAACUUUCAAGCAUGUUUGAUGGAUGGUCCACGUUAAUGUUCAUUCCCACGUGUAGAAGCUCUAAAAUUUUUGCGGUUUGUCGCAUAAGGUUGCACAAGUACUAAUGCAUUGUGUUGCAGUGGACUAAGGAGACACAUGUAUUCAUGGCUCUUCUCAAUAGUGUCGAAGAAACCACCAAGAAGGACUUGCUAUUGAGUUUAUAGUUUCCCUUAAGUCGUUUUUUUCUUAGAGCACUGCUAAAAGUACUUUUUCAAAUUGGGCAUGUGUAACAAUAAGUUUCACCAGUUCGAAUAUUAUUUUCACCAGCACCUGUCACUUGGAGAUGUGGUUGCUGUGUAGUUUAGAGGGAACUAAGCACAAUAUGGUUAGCGACACAUUUUUGAUUUUACAUGAAAAUAAGUUAUGCUGAUUGGUUACUACCACUUAUUGUGAUAUUGUGUGUAGCAUAUUUGUGACCCACUGGAAAGGUUCAAAGCACUUGUUGCAAUACAUUAAAACUUGAGAAAAGGGCAUAUUGAUGGAAAGGUCACUGAAGGCACAGUGGAACUAAACACAUGAUCAUCUGAGUUGCGAGGGGUCUUAUUAGGUAUGGUCCUAUUGACGGCAUGUGUUGUAGCAAAGUGUGGCAAAACACUGUGAAGAACCAGCUCUAAUCAUUUUGCAAUGCAAGUACUUGCAACUUUUGACAAUGUGUACAGGGAAGGUCAAAAGUUUCCAGGCCGCCCCGCCGCGGUGGUCUAGUGGCUAAGGUACUCGGCUGCUGACCCGCAGGUCGCGGGAUCGAAUCCCGGCUGCGGCAGCUGCAUUUCUGAUGGAGGCGGAAAUGUUGUAGGCCUGUGUACUCAGAUUUGGGUGCACGUUAAAGAACCCGAGGUGGUCGAAAUUUCCGAAGCCCUCCACUACGGCGUCUCUCAUAAUCAUAUAGUGGUUUUGGGACGUUAAACCCCAUAUAUCAAUCAAAAGUUCCCAGGCCAGUUCCCAAAUCCCAUUUAUUUCUAUGGAAGCGUGGUCUCGAAACUUUUUACCUAGACUGUGCAUAUUCCUUAGCUAUCUUGCGCUUAUUUUGGUUAGCUUCAAUUGCUGGCACUAUGAUACUGUCACUGCAGGUAAUACUUCUAGAAAGCAGUGGUUUAUUUGUGUUAUUUUGAAAGGUGAUAUUGGUGGGCAUGUUUUGAUAAAAUGUGCAAGACCUUUUUAUAACUUCUUUAGGAGUUUUCUUUAAACAGUUCUACUAUUUAAUGUGUAUGUCUGUGUAAAGGGAUAUCUACGAUAUCAUUUGCACGUCCGGGUAUUGUUUAAUGUGUGUCUAUAUUGUUCAUUACCUUUAAGUGUGGUCAUACCUGGGGAAGUUCGAAUGUAGAGUUACACUCAUGCCAUUUGUUAAUGUAAUGGAAACAGGUAUGCAGUUAUCACAUGAAAAAAUGUUCUCCUAUUUAUACACAUUCAUGCCCAACUAGCAUACCAGGUAGUUAUUUCUUGCACAGUUCAGUGGUAUUUUCUUGGCUUAUGAGCAAAAUUGAUGGCAAGCUACAAAAGCGAAGUUCCACAUUGCACAGAGCAAUGGCACGCUUUGUUUUGGUGAUAUUGAAAUAUCUUCUACUAAUUACAUGCCAGAAGAGCACUGAGGAGGGAAAAGUGAGCUUUGGACGUACUCAAGAAUUGAAAUUGCUGAGGAGUAACCUCAUUAGCAUAACUUGUAGUGUAUUGUAUCAGUAGUUGAAAGAUUGUCAGCUUGUCUCCCACUGCUUGCUGAUUCUUUCUUCUUCUGCUUUCACUCCCUCUAUCUUAUAAUUUCUAAACCUGCAAGUCUUUUUCUUGAGGUUUUCGUUGGCUUGAAGUGGUUAGCACACAAAAGCUGGCCUUUUUAUUAAUUGUUCACCUUCUUUAAGGUAGUUUUCAAGCGACUAUGCUUUUUCUCACACUUGGUUCAUGUCUAGAGUAGCAGCUCAUCUUUGUGCUCAAGAGGCCCUGUUAAAAAUUUUUUUGGAAAGGUCAAAUUAUUUCUGGUAGUUCAUAAAUUAAAUUUCAGCGAUAUCUCUUGUCACCUCAGUCAUACUUCUUGUAUAUUUCAGUUUUUACGUUGGUCGUAUUGGAAAAACUUUUUAAGCACAUGUGUCGAAGAGCACCAUGAUAAUUUGCAGGCAAAGGGAGCCUGAGUAACAAUGAAGGCGAAAUGGAGGGCAGCUCCAUUUGCAUUGGGUGGAACAAGGUCCUUUAAUACUUAUUUUAGUCACAAAAUUUUGCCGUUAUGUUAUGGGGCAGCUUCAUGCGCUUCACAAAGUUGCCAUAAUGUGACACCACGUCUACAGGCUGAUACGCUUGUGCGGUGUGACACGAACUGAUGGUUUUUGUUUUCUGUGCAUCUGCUGCGUUACUUUAUUUAGACAGCUGAAGUAUGUGUGAUACGUCUUUGCCGAAAGCUUGUUGCGUGCCAUUGGGUACUUUUGUAUGCUAGAGAACCACCAAAAGGCAUGUUUAAUUUGCCGAGUGAACAAGGAGCAGCACAAGAUAUAAAAGUAAGCCCUAUGGCUGCUAGACAGUAGGGAUUCCAAUUUUGAAUCGAUUCGCAUGUGUAUGCACACAAAACGCAUUGAUGUCUCAGACAUAAACAUUGUAUAACGAUUCCGAUUUCAAUGGCCCAAAUCUAGUUCAGAAGUGGCAUCGCACCGGUAAAAAAUUUGUAGCUGCCCAAGUGCAUCAGUUUCAUUUUUUUUCUCAUUAGAUGUAGCCACUCUACAGAAGCAGUCUUUGCAGUAAUGAUUUCUUGACCUCACAGUUUAACAGAAAACUCGACAGCCCUGCUGGGCAAACAGUCUGCUCUCUUUGCAGUCAUUAAGUUGCGACUUCUUAUGGGUAAAUGUGUGUACAACAGCCAAGAUGUUUGCCUCUCUCUAUGAGUGGCACUGCUGUGGCAUUGUUGUGAGUGAAGAGCACUUAAUUUUAAACAAAUAAUAAAAAAACCAUGCCAGGCC